AUGGCUCCAGGUAAGAAAGUUGCUCCAGCACCAUUCGGUGCUAAAUCCGCUAAGGCUGCUAAGCCAAAGAACCCAUUAACCAACUCUACUCCAAAGAACUUUGGUAUCGGUCAAGCUAUUCAACCAAAGAGAAACUUAUCUAGAUAUGUUAAAUGGCCAGAAUACGUCAGAUUACAAAGACAAAAGAAGAUCUUAUCUAUCAGAUUAAAGGUCCCACCUGCUGUUGCUCAAUUCCAAUACACCUUAGACAGAAACACUGCUGCUGAAACUUUCAAGUUAUUCAACAAGUACAGACCAGAAUCUUCUGCCGAAAAGAAGGAAAGAUUAACAAAAGAAGCCGCUGCUGUUGCCGAAGGUAAGAGCAAGCAAGAAGCUUCUCCAAAGCCAUACGCUGUCAAGUACGGUUUAAACCACGUUGUUGCAUUAAUCGAAAACAAGAAGGCUAAAUUGGUUUUAAUUGCUAACGAUGUUGACCCAAUCGAAUUAGUUAUCUUCUUACCAGCUUUAUGUAAGAAGAUGGGUGUUCCAUACGCCAUUGUCAAGGGUAAGGCUAGAUUAGGUACUUUAGUUAACCAAAAGACCUCUGCUGUCGCUGCUUUAACUGAAGUCAGAGCUGAAGACGAAGCUGGAUUAGGUAAGUUGGUCUCUACCAUCAACGCCAACUUCAAUGACAAAUACGAUGAAGUCAAGAAGCACUGGGGUGGUGGUAUCAUGGGUCACAAGGCUCAAACCAAGAUUGCUAAGAAGGCUAAGGCUUCUGAAUCGGCAUAA